AUGGCUGAAUGUGAGACUCACGUGCCCGAAUACUGUCAGGUCUACGAGGUUUUGAGUAAGUUUUUUAUUUUUAUCUUACCCUUUUUAGGCCCCCCCCUAAUUUUUUCGCUUUUUUACAAAUUUACCCCCUACCGUCCAAUUUUUGUAAAUCCCCCCCCUCCCUUGAUUUUUUCAAUUUCCUCCCCCCCCUGCCUCCUUGAUUUUUUUUCAAUUUUUUUGAAUCACCCCACCAACCCCCCUCCCCAUUUAUCCCAUUACCCACUUUUACCCCUGCCCAAUUCCAGCCAAUGAUGGGAGCACAAAGCGAUACCUAUUCCCCAAAGCUCUGGACCUAAGCCGGCCCAAACGCCCAAGAACAACCUUUUCCACCGACCAAUUGAAGGUUUUGGAAUCUGAAUUCCAAAAGAAUCCUUAUUUAGUUGGAACGGAACGAUCUCAGCUAGCCAAACGGCUGAACUUGAAGGAGGUUCAGGUCAAGGUUUGGUUCCAAAAUCGUCGAACCAAAACUAAGAAGGGGGAUGGAAAUGAGGCUAAAAGGUAAAAUACUAAUACUAUAUUGUUUGAGUAUUAUACAUAGUACUAAAAUAGUUAAUACUGUAGUAGUAUUAAACUAAUUUUUAGUACUGUACUAAGACAAGAAUAAAUUUAAAAACAGUCUAAAACAGUCAUUUUUAGUACAAAGUACGUAGGUUGAUGCUUAGAAAAGCAACUUUUUUGGUCUUUGUUACUAUGUAGUACUACUCAGUACCAAGGUACUAUAUAGUACUACUAAGUAAAAACUUUUGAUGUUAGUACAAAUGUUUUUGGCACUAUUAGUCCUCAACAGUACUAAAAAACUGGAUGGUACUACUCAGUACGAAGGUACUAUAUAGUACUACUCAGUAUCAAGAACAUAAAACAUAACCAAUAUUUUUUAAAUUAUAAUAUUCUAAACAUUCAUCAAAAAAAGCAAUUUCAGCCCAAAACCAAUCGAACCCCCAGUCCAGCCAAUGGUUUCCCAGCCAAAUUUUGCUCAAAACUCCCCAGAACAACUUCAAACAAUGCCAAAUCAACCAUUAUUCUUGAAUAUACCACCCAAUUACCUUCAAAAUCCGUUUUUCCCUCCCGAUUUCAAUCGAUUUUACGUUGAUUUUUUGCGGUAA